AUGGCCAUAAUAGACAGUGACAAAAACCUGACGGACUAUCUAAAGCAGGUCACAAUCAAGGACGCUAUGUACCUGUUCGCUACGGCAUGGAGCGAAGUGUCCGCCUCCUGUAUAGCAGCGUGCUGGCGGAAAGGCCUGGGUGACGCUGUCGGUGAACAAGCCGACAGUGACAGUGACUUCGAUGAAGCCGAUAUAAGGGAAGCCGAACAACGAGUUGAGGACUACUAUGGUUUCAACAACCACGACAUGCUCAACGCCAAGCAAGCCCUGGGACCAGUGACGGAAGAAGACAUCAAGACGUGGCUGACAGUGGACGACGAAGAACAAACAUCAGCAGUGCUUACCGACGAACAGAUAAUACAAACAGUGACGGAACCCGAAGCGACGAAAGAAGAAGAGGAGCAAGAAGAAGAAGACGAGGAGCCCAUUCCUGCUAUGGCAGAAGUAGUGCGUUGCAUUCAGGUGGGGUUACGCUGGGUAGAGAAAUCUGCGAAAAGCACCCCAGCUGAAGUCAUGCAUUUUAGAAAUGCACUUUACUGUGCGAGAUCAGAAGCACGAUCAUCCUUGAUACAGAAGGAAUUAACUGACUUUUUUAAUUUUAAAAGACAGUGA